AUGAUAAGUAAUGAAUUAAUAAAUAUGGAAAGAGAAAUUGUGGAAGAAGAAAAAUGGAUGAGGCAAGAACCAGUCUUGGAUGAAACAAGACGCGCAUCACACUUAUCAUCGAAAUCUACUUCACACUUAUCCGGGCAAACGAAUUUUAAGGAUAAUGCGAAAUAUCAAGAAAAAGCUAUGUUCCCAAAUCGAACUAAUCUACAAACUUCUCGUAGUCGUGAUAAUAUACCGACUUCAUCCUCAUAUAUUCCAGAAAUUUUAUCGACUAAUCGCUCAUCAGUAUUAAACAAACCUAAGGAAAUCGUGCCAUUUUAUACAAUAACAAAAAAGAAGCCAACUAUUCAUAAUAAAACUACUAACGAUGUUCGAACAUUAAAUUUUCAGCAUAAAUCAGAAAUCGAUUCACAACAUAUUUUUUUUGAUAAUGCUGAUAUUAUCAAUACUGAUCAUGGAUUUACAAUAAAAUUAGACGUGAAAUAUUUUCGUCCUGAAAAUUUAAAAGUGACACUCACUCGAAACAUAUUAACGGUGUUUGGUGAUCGAUUUGAAGAUGUUAAUUCGCAAACAAUGCGACGAACUUUUACCAGAAAAUAUCUCAUUCCAUCUGAUGUUCGCUUAUCAUCAAUUAUAUCUUAUAUGACCGACUGUGGAUCUUUAGUUAUUAAAGGAGAUCGUAAAGGUUGGAAAGAAACUGAUUUAACCGUUCAACCAAUAAUAACGCAACAAUCAAAUUCAAAUAUGAUAAGUGUUGUAUAG